CACCAGCUCUCACUUGUGUUAGUUUCAGAUUGUCACAGUGUUCCAGUGUACUUAUUAAAAUUCCAAACUUUUUCAUUUUUCCUUCACCAGCAUUUAACCCCUCUUCUCUCUUCUCUCUGAGCUGAGGUCUACCUUCCAUGUUUGGCCAAACCCUAGAUCUGUCCCCCCUGUAGAUUCUCUGGGAAGUGGAAGGAGGACUAGAUAAUACUGAAUUGAUUUGGGUCUGGAUUUAGAGAGGGAAGAGAGAAGGAAAAAAGAGUAGAAUUAAGAGAGGAAAGAUGAGUGGAACAGCUUCGACAUCGGUGGCAGUAGGGCUGGGGAUAGGGGGAGGAGGGGAGAUGGGGUAUGGGGGGUAUAGGGCACCAUUCACAGCAGUGCAAUGGCAGGAGCUGGAGCACCAAGCGAUGAUAUACAAAUACCUGGUGGCUGGCUUGCCAGUGCCACCAGACCUGGUUAUGCCAAUUCGUCGCAGCUUUGAGGCUCUUUCUGCCCGUUUCUUCCACCAUCCUUCUUUGGGCUAUUGUUCCUAUUAUGGGAAGAAAUUUGAUCCUGAGCCUGGGAGAUGCCGGAGGACAGAUGGAAAGAAGUGGAGGUGCUCUAAAGACGCACAUCCAGACUCCAAAUAUUGCGAGCGGCACAUGCACCGUGGUCGCAACCGUUCAAGAAAGCCUGUGGAAUCCCAAUCUAAUUCGCAGCCCAUGUCAACUGCGAUGUCCCACAUAUCUAGUGGGUGCGGUAGUAACAGUGGAAGCUUCCAAGUCAGUGGCAGUGGAAGCUUUCAGAACAUGCCGUUGUAUUCUGUUGUUAAUUCAGAAGGAUCAUCUUUUGGAAGCAAUGUGACAAAGCUGCAGAUGGAACCUAUUUCCUAUGGAAUUGAUAACAAGGAAUUCAGGUAUGUUCAUGGACUAACUCCUGAUGCUGAUGACCACAGUUUCUCUCCGGAGGUUUCUGGAAGUGUGGGAAGUCUGGGUCUAGGCUCUUGUGCAGGAACCGGCUCAUGGCGACUCAUGCCGUCUCAAGUCCCAUCAAGUUCCCUGUUAAAGCAGAAAUCUGAUUCCCUUUUGCUGGGCCCUUCUUCUACUCAACAAAAUAUGCCUCAUGCUUUUGAGCCAAUCACUACUACUGCCUCGAAACAGCGGCAGCAGCACUGCUUUUUGGGGAAUGAGAUUGGUUCGCCGGGUGCCGUAAAGCAGGAGCAACAUCCGGUGCAUCCAUUCUUUAGCGAGUGGCCCACAACUAAAGAAUCAUGGUCCACCCUGGAUGACGAUGAUGGGUCCAACAAAAAUGUUUUCUCCUCGACCCAGCUCUCCAUUUCAAUUCCGAGGGCAUCGUCUGACUUUUCUUCAAGAGCUGCUUACUCCCAAAACGGUGAGUUGAAGGGGCUACAACUGUAGCAACCAAGAUGCUUGAGGGAAGAUGCUUAGAACAAUAAAACCAAUCAGGUGGCUGCUGCUUUGCUGAUUGACGGCGUAGUUCGUGGACGUAUGUGCUUGUUAUGAAGUUCAAUGUAACCGUAUCAGUUGUCGACUUUUUUAAUGUUUUUUAACUGUCAUUGGUGUUCAGCAUACUCUUUAAGUGAACUCUAUAUGUUGUAAAGUCAGAUUCUUCCUCAACUUCAGCACCUUUGAAUAAGCGUAUUGUAUUAGUCUUUGCCCCUAGUGCUGACGCCUUCGGUUUUGCUUAUAACUAUUGGCCGUAAUAAAGCAAAGAAUUUGUGAAUA